AUGAGCUUGGACCCAAUGCAACAACAGCUUCAGGGAGACCCAUGCAGCAACUGCUCCGCUGAGCUCCUGUUACCCUGCUACAACGGCUCCGCUGAGCCCCAAGACCCAUGCAGCAAAGCUACACAGAGCUACAGGACCCAUGCAACGACAGCUUUACUGAGCCUCAAGAACCAUGCAGCAACAACUACUCUGAGCUCCAAGACUCUUGCAACGACUGCUUCGCUGAGCUCCAAGAACCACGCAGCAACUGCUCCGCUGAGCUCCUGCAACCCUGCUACAACGGCUCCGCUGAGCCCCAAGACCCAUGCAGCAAAAGCUACACCGAGCUCCAGGACCCACGCAACGACUGCUUCGCUGAGCCUCAAGAACCAUGCAGCAACAACUACGCCGAGCCCCAAGACCAUCCCCAAGAGCCAUGCAGCAACAACUAAACCGAGAUCCAGGACCCAUGCAACGUCGGCUUCACCAAGCCCCGAGAACCAUGCAGCAACAACUACGCCGAGCUCCUGGACCCAUACAACGUCGGCUCCACCAAGCCCCGAGAACCAUGCAGCAACAGCUACGCUGAGCUCCAGGACCCAUGCAACCAAAUACACCGAGCUCCACGACCUAUACAGCAGCAGCUACACCAAGGCCCAAGAUCCGUGCAAUGACUGCUCUGCCGAGCCCAAAGCCCCAUGCAGCAACAGCUCCACCGAGCCCCAGGACCCAGGCAACGACGGCUCCACCGAGCCCCAGGACCCAGGUAACGACGGCUCUACCGAGCUACAGGACCCAGGCAACGAUGGCUCCAACGAGCCCCAGGACCCAUGCAGAAGCAGCUCCGCUGAGCCCAUAGGACCUUUAGGAACAGCUCCACCAAGGUUCAGAACCCAUCUAAUGACUGCUCCGCUGAGCCCCAAGACCAUGCAGCAACGUCUCGGCUGA